CUGAAUCGGUGGCCGGACAGCCUGCCGGACAGCGUGCCGAAACAAGCCGUGGAGGAGGGGCCGCAGACGGCGGUCUUAUGCUCGGCGUCAUCUGAGCAAAUGCAAUCUAUUCCGUCGUCGACGUUGCACGCCGCCUGACAACACCCACUGACCGACAGAGAUCCAUUCUUUCGACUGAGGCUCGUCCGAUCGACCCAGCGGUUUUUCCUUCAUCCGCACAAUGGCCCGAAAGGGGAUUUAUUGAGUGCAAUGUUACCCUACGGUCCCUACCUCCUACCUCGCUGCGCACCGGAGGCCGAGGAAGGGGGGGGUCGGAACUGACUCGGAAAAGCCGCCUCUAUCCCGCAUUGGCUCUGCGGUCCGAAAGCCAAGUCGCGCAGCUGUCGAUCUUCACUUUGAGUGCCCCUGGGAGUCCACACGAGUAACCACACAUGUCGAAGGCUUGAGAAAGUCUCGCAGGUGGUGUAUGUCUUUCCCUCCAUUUGCCAGUAGUCUGCCGAUCGGAAGAGACCGAGCAAUACAUGUAUAGACCAGUAGCAACAGUAAGACAGCCGUGCCUGCAGGCCUGACGACAGCGAGAGAGAGCACGACAACGGGAACUCGGCGGCCUACAAUCGGAUCCGAGCUGUGACACCGGCGCCGCACUCUCCCGGUCACCGCACGCACUCCGUUGACUCGGGCUGAAGACUAAAUAACGUCAAGGAGUAUUCCGUUGGGACAAAGAUAAGGGCACGACAUUUAUAUUCUUUUCACCUAGCUUGUUUACGACCGCCCAGCGGUCCGAGACUACAUCUCAGUCAUAUUUUUCGGUCCGAGAGCGAGAAAAAAAAAAGCUUAAUGGGAAGCGUCACAACACAGCUUUUACCAACGAUAUGCAUCGAGUAUCGAACGAGGGAUAAAGGGCGGAGAUGGACUCAUGAGAACAAGUACGGACGUCUUGGCUCCCAUUCCUUGUGCUCCUUCGGCAACAAUUCUGGCCAAUAUAAGAAAUAGAAGCUGAACCAGACACAAUUGGGAUUUCGGGGCAUCGCCAUCAUCAAUAACACCGCUCUUUGCUCUGAUUUGGUUCCCUCUGCCUUGAGAAAACGUCGUGUCCGGCAAGAAUACCACGAAAGGACGAAUUCGGCCUCAACAUGGACGUCAACGGUUCGUCGGCGUCGCCCAGCUGGGCCGACUACGCGUCCUCGAAGCUGCCGUCACCGGACUCGACCACCACCAACUCGGCCCUCUACCUGCUGGCGCUGCUCGCCGUGGUCUCCGUCUUCGCGGCGCCGAUCCGGAACAGGCUUCGGAGUGUCGAGAUCUACCCGGUCAUCAACACGACCAAGGAGGAGUACCUCAAAGAAGGCAAAGCCCUCCUCGCCAGGGGCGCCAAGGAGUACGGCGGCAAGCCCUUCCGAGUGUACACGGGCCAGGGCACCCUCACGGUGCUGGCGCCCGAGUUCGUGCACGAGGUGAAGAACGAUGAAAGGCUGAGCUCGACCGAGUUCCUGUUGGCCUACUGGCAGGCUGGGACGCCGGGGUUUGAGCCGUACAUCAGCUCCGGGAGCGAGUUGAUUCGCGAGAUGAUACGAACACGCCUGACUCCGGGCGACGUUGCCAAGCUGUCGCAGCCCCUUGCAGACGAAGCAGCCGAUGCUCUCCGAGACGUCUUUACCGACGAUGAAGAAUGGCACGAAAUAACCCUCGCCUCGGCGAUCCCGCAAAUCGUCGCCCGCGUCUCGGCGCUCGUCUUCCUCGGCCCCGAACUCUGCCGCGACCCAGUCUGGCUCGACAUCACCAUCAACUACCCGAGCAAAGCGAUGGCCGCCGCCAAGGUGCUGCGGUCCUACCCGUCGCCGAUCCGUCGCCUCGUGCACUGGUUCCUGCCCUGCUGCCGCGAGCUCCGGCGGAUGCUCCGCACGGCGCGCCUGGCCAUCGAGCCGAUCCAGCGGCGGCGGCGGGAACAGGAGGCCGGGGCGGGCGGCGCGGCGUCCGACAACGCGCUGGCGUGGAUCGAGAAGCUGGCGAGCAAGCAGAAGGACACGACGGCGCAGACGGCGGCGUUCCAGCAGCUGGGGCUGUCGAUCCUCGCCAACGCGUCGUCCACGGACCUGAUCUCGCAGAACAUCCUGGACCUGUGCCGCAACCCGGAGCUGAUCGAGCCGCUGAGGGACGAGGUCCUGCGGGAGACCCGUGGCGGGUGGAAGACGUCGUCACUAUACGGGCUCAGGCUCAUGGACAGCGUGUUGAAGGAGACGCUGCGGCUGAAGCCCAUCGCGUCAGUUGCCCUUGGACGCCGAGUCAUGGAGGACGGAGUGAGAUUGAGCGAUGGUAGCUUGCUCCCAAGGACGACGGGCGUGGCCGUUUCCUCGGCCAAGAUGUGGGAUCCCGAGAUCUACCCGAGGCCCGAAACGUUUGACGGGCACCGCUUCCUUCGCAUGCGCGAGUCCGGCAACAACGAGCACGUCGCCCAGCUCGCCAGCGUGUCGCCGGAGCACCUCGGGUUCGGACUCGGGCCACAUGCGUGUCCCGGCCGGUUCCUAGGCUCGAACUCCGCCAAGCUGAUCAUGUCGUACAUCCUGCUCCGGUACGAGUUCAAGCUGGCCGACGACAUCGACGCGGCGGCGGUCGAUCCAGUGCGGUUCGGGUUCUCCACGUUGGCGAAUCCCAGAGCCAAGGUUUGUAUCAGACGAAGGAAGGAUACUGCGUAACAGUUGAGGAGAUGAACUUGCACGCAAUAUGAGAUGCGCAAAAGGGAGGGCGGGCGUAGGGGCUAGGCGUGGCUUUUCCUGGGGAUCUGGUGUUGGGUAACGCAGGACAACGGCAUCUUGCUCACAAGCAACCAACGUCGUAGAGUGGCCUGUCAGCAACGAUGAGUCUGCGUGGUAAUAUAGACUCCAACCAAGCAUGCAUCCUAGUUUUGAAAUAAUGUUGGGAGAGCCCGGGAUCUCGGGUCGUCAAAGGAGCUGCCAUGUCCCGGCCAA